CACACACACACACUUACACACACGCACACACCGUCUUGUGACCGCGCUGGUGGUACCGAAACCUGGACGAGACGUCAGCGCGGGCGGGGAAAAAAUAUCCACCGGCGCGCUGCUGGUCGCUGCCCCGGGGAGCAGGAGCGAGAAGCAUCCAUGCCGCCAGGUUCCCUCUCACACAUCGGCCUGGACCUGCUCUCGUAAUCGGGCCUCCUCCUCCUGCGCUGCUGAGAUAAUGAAAGGAUGGCCGAGCGGCGACGCGGGGACCACGGAGGGCUGACGGAUGCCGCCGCGGCGGCGACUCACCGGGAUGAGCAGCAGCGUCGCAGCGCGAUGAGUUCGACGGAGGAAGCGGCAGUGGAGAGUCUCUCCCUGGAGGAGAUACUGAGGCUUUAUAGCCAGCCCAUCAACGAGGAGCAGGCAUGGGCGGUGUGUUACCAGUGCUGCAGGACGCUGGCGAAGGGGCACCGGAGCAGGGGGAGCUCCUCCACCGCCGCCGGAGCAUCAUCAGCGGUGGCUCCGAUGAGGAUAUUGGGACCGGAGGAUGUCAGGAUACAGAAAGACGGGUCCGUGAGGGUGGAACACCGGGACUGUGAAGGUAAAUACAGCCCUUGCACAACCACAGAGGUGAUUGAGUCUCUGGGCAUCAUGAUCUACAAGGCUCUGGAUUACGGGCUGAAGGAGAACGAGGAGAGGGAGCUCAGCCCUCCUCUGGAGCAGCUCAUCGACCUCAUGACUAACAUGGCCGAGGCGGAGAGGGACGCCUGCCCCGACGAAGGCUACGAGGCAACAGAGGAAGAGGACGAGGCGGAAGAUGACCCUGACAACAUCUUCAGCGUCCAUGGCUACAGAGAUAUCUUCGAGCUGUGCACAGCUCAUCUGCCCGGUCUGUCAGACACCCACAGUCACUACCAGGCAGUGUGUCGCGCUCUGUACACAGAAACCAGGGAACUCGGUACUUUCCUGGAGAAGAUCAAGAGCGCCAAAGAGAACCUGCGUAAGAUGGAGGCAGGGUCAUCCGAGGACCCCAGCAGAGACCUGAAUGAGCUACAGAACGAUGACUGGGCUCGAUUCUGGGUUCAGGUGAUGAGGAGCCUGCGUGAAGGAGUGAAGCUGAAGAAGGUGCAGGACCGUCAGUACAACCCUCUGCCCAUCGAGUACCAGCUCACCCCCUACGAGAUGCUCAUGGACGACAUCAAGUCCCAACGCUACAAACUGCGCAAAGUCAUGAUAAAUGGAAACAUCCCACCGAGGUUAAAGAAGAGCGCUCAUGAAGUCAUCCUGGAGUUCAUCAGGUCCAGACCACCUCUCAACCCUGCGUCAGCCCGUAAGCUGAAGCCACAGACUCGGCUUCCUCCAACGCUGCAUGAACGCAUCUUGGAGGAAAUCAAAGCGGAGAGGAAACUCCGACCGGUGUCUCCUGGUGAGGUCCGCAGGGGAAGGCUGGUAAUUCGGCCACUUAGCAUGUCUUUCAGUUUUGACGCGUCAGAUGACUUUAGUCCGUACAUGGGCAGGAGGACGUCCAGCUCUCUGUCUCUGGCCAAUGGAUCAGCCUCUAUCAGGGGAGAACCCUCCGGAUCACAGUCUGUGCCCCCGAGGAAGAGGCUCCUGAAGGCUCCCAUCCUCGCCGAGCUCGACAGCUCUGACUCUGACGAUGAUAUUUUUGGGCACAAAUCAGCUAGCAGCUCCAGCGUGGCUACAUCUUUGAUGGAUGAUACGUCCCCGGAGUGUGCUCUGGGGAAGAAAACUCCCCCCACGUUCCUGCCCAUCUCUUCUACACCCCAGCCAGAGAGACGUCACACCCCCCAGAGGAGACACUCCAUCGAGAAGGAGACUCCGACCAAUGUUCGACUGUUUCAGCCGCCCUCCAAACAGAACUCCAAGUCUCUGGAACCCUCUUUGGUUCAGGUUGGGAUGAUAGCUUCAUUUCGUCCCCGGAUCCUCCUCCUCCGCCCGUGUCCCUCCACUCUCCACCCUUUGCAGAGCUCCCACCCUAUCGAGGCAUUUGCGUUGGGGUUGAUGAAGGUGGUGUUUGCUCUGUGCAGGGCUGUUUACAUCAGAGGACGAGAGUCGGCCAAGGAGGAGUUUGGUUUCCCUGUGGAGUGUCUGUCUCUGACGGUGGAGGAGGUGAUGCACAUCAGACAGGUGCUGGUUAAGGCAGAGCUGGAGAAGUUCCAGCAGUACAAAGACAUCUACACCGCUAUGAAGAAGGGAAAGCUUUGCUUCUGUUGUCGAAGCAAAAGGUUUUCCUUUUUCACCUGGUCCUACAUCUGCCAGUUUUGCAAAAAGCCUGUGUGUGCACAGUGCUGCAAAAAGAUGCGGCUGCCAUCCAAACCUUACUCCAGCUUGCCCAUCUACUCCAUCGGCUCCACCAACACUCUCCCCAGGGAGAGGGUCAGCGCCAUGGCUUCCAUAGGACAAGGGCUGUCUGUGGCUGGUGGUCCGGGGCCUUCAUCAGUGGGAGGGGCCACGGCACCCCCCACUGUGAAAGUAGAAACAACAGAGGCAUCUAAAAGAGCUGGAAAAGCCUCUGGAGCAGCAGCUCCAGAGGCUGCUGCUGCUGCUGCUGCCAAAUCUGAGAAAUCCUCCAGUAGCCCGCAGCGCCACGGCAUUCACAAGACCAUGUCCAAGUUUUCGAAGCAUGGCUCUUUGAAGUCCCACGAAGAGCUGGAGCUUCCCUCGGAGCUGACGGAGGACUGGGCCACCAUGGAGGUGUGCGUGGACUGCAAGAAGUUCAUCUGUGACAUCAUCGCCUCCAGCAAGCACAGCCUGUCGCUGGCUACCAAGAGAGCUCGCCUAAAACGCAAGACCCAGUCCUUCUACUUGUCCUCGCCGAAAGGAAGGGAGGAGUACCGGCCCUCUGAACGAACAAUCAAGGAGAUCUGAAUCUCUCUCUCUCUCUCUCUCUCUCUCUCUCUCUCUCUCUCUCUCUCUUUCUCUCUCUCUGGCUGCUUCCAGCUCCUAUGGCACAAUUAUAAAGACUCAACACUGGAUGUGAUCUUACUGUACAUGUUUACUUCAGUGGGAUCAAGCUAAAAGUCAGAGUGAGAUGAACCUCACUGGUGAACAGUGUGUUUUCUUGUUGCUCUGUCCUGAUCAUCGUGUACAGCUCCUUCAGACAACAGCAUGCUGUAAAUCAGCCAAUCUUUUUUAAAAAUUAUUAUUACCAUAUCAUAGAUGAUCCUUUAAUCCCCCCCCCCAGCGGCCCAACCCAACUCACGGUCAAAUCAAUAAGCACAAGACAGACGAAGGACUGACGUGUGUUUGACCUCGUCCGGCACUGCAGAAGGCACGAGGCCUGCAGAGAGAUCAUAUUGUAACUGAGACUGACACUUACAAGAAAAUAUGGAAUAUUAGACUGUACAGGUUUUUUGUAUGGGUUUUAAUUUCUUUAUUUGUACACAUGUGCGUACAGUAAAUGAUUGCUCGAUGAAGCCACCCUCGGUUUUAUUUUGAGACUCUCCCCCACUUUCCUCUUUACCAAUCAUACUCAAAUGCGGGUUUCUCUUUUUCUUGGAGGAGUCUUUGUUUCCUCGCAUGUUUUAUUUUUAUUUUUAUUUUUUUUGCAACACAUUUAAAAUCUGUUUUCAUGCGGAUUUAGUGCCAAAUAAUAUAAUCUUUCUACUCUAUAUGUCACCCAAAGAAAAAUAAUUUCCCUCUAAAUUGUGUUUGCAACUCUUGAUAUCUCAAAUUGAAUAUUCAAGACUAAACUAAGUUUUCUAUUAAGAGUUAAGCUAAUCUGCUUCAUCAGGACUGAUUGACAGCGGUCCGGCACUCCAGCGAUUUCAGUGUUGCACUUCCAUAAAGUAAGGGGACUUGAGAGAGACAGAUUAUAAAAAAGAGGGGUGAAAAUUGAAGCUCCAGAGGCUGAGAUAUUGUGUCCCUUUUGUGUGUGUGUGUGUGUGUGUGUGUGUGUGUGUGUGUGUCUUUGUCUAUUAGUCCCCAUAUGGGUCAAGCUUCAAAAAACAUUUCCCAUGAGUCAACUUCACUGCAUCUCUCAUUAAAACGUUCCUGACUGGUAAAUACCCACGUCUUUGACACUCCACAGCCCCAGUUGGUAACACAUGUAACACAAGCAAACGCCCCCACAACUGUCAAUUCAAACGUUGCUGAAUCCUGAUUGGUGCAAGGAAGUAUAUGACAUAUGUUUCCAAAUGAGCCCCGCCCACUUUAAACAAGUGAGCGAAACAAAAACAAAAGAAACUGAAAUCUCUUAUGUAAAUCGACCCAAAAUAUUCUAACUUUGACAGAAGAUGUCGUCUUCAUGCUGAACCCCAUCGCCAAAAGGAAGAAGUAAAAAAUAUAUUUUUAGGACCUUUAUAGCACAUUUCUCAUUCAUACAUUCAUACUGUAUGUUCAUUUUCAACUUACUUAAAUGACUCAGAUAUGCGGAGAAGCCGGUAUAGAAACGUAAUCGCCUGCAGGCCCAUGUGUGGGAUUUUUUUGAGUCUUUGAAUAAUUUACGUGAACUAUCUGCAUAUUUUUGCAUUUUUAAAUGUACCUUUGUGUUGAUAAAUAUGUGGUGUAUAUUAACUCAUAUUAUUUUCUUUACAUUAGGUUUCUGACGUGUUUUUGUAUUGUGAGAGUUCACUUUACAGGCAGCAAAAAUAUAACACAUACUCUACGUCUUAACAUGAUGCCUUUAUGAUUUCCCUCCAUCAUUCACAGACUCAUUGGCAGGAAGAAAUAUCUGACUUUUUGCCUGGAUCUCUAUUUCAUUCUGCAUCCCAUUCCUCAUCUCCCCCCUUCAGAUAUCUCUGCCUUAAGAGCUGCCUUUUAUGAUCACACUCGUAUGUUGAACAGUCAUCUACUGUAACUGUACAUACUUUGUUUCUAACGGUUUGUUUGUAUGUCAGGUGCGUGUUGCCUCGACGGUAUCUCGAAGGUGAGACUGCUGCAGAUCAGUGUCUCUGAGAGGGAAACUAUCUAAGUACAGUGUGUUCAGGGGAGGAGUGGGAAGCCCACGCAAGAAACCUGACGGUGUGACAGCAUCAUGCAUGUACUACGGUGUAGCUUGUACCCUCAGUCUGUAUUACCUUUAAGCUGUAACUCCCCGCAGAGAGUGCAACAAAUGAUGACUGCGACAAUAAACUAUAAUGCAAUACCUGA